ACUGAAUUCGUGAUAUAUACAAAUUCAAAUAGCAUAUCACAUCUAGGAGAACCAAUUUAAAAUAUCAUGUAUUAAUAUUAUCCAUGUGUGGUGAUGUAACUAAAAAUUGCCUAUAUAAAUGUGAAAAGCGUCAUUUAUAACACGGCGGAAUCAGCACCAUCUAUGAGAAAUCUGUCGUGAAAUGCCUUGUAGAUUUUUGGUGAAACGUCGACCCCCACCAAGUCGCCAUAUUUUACCGAACGAACAAGGAGUUCUAACCACGCCAUUGUGCACAAUAGCAAGUUUUGGACAGUCUUAAGGAUAUUCCGUGAUAUUGAAGUGAAUUAGGCUAUUCAGGAGAGUGCACUUAUUUUGGAACAACUGUUUAACGUGAAAUUGAUUUGGCGAGUGAUCCGAAGCACAUCGUACGUUCGCGAGGGUUACAACAAAUGCAUGGAUACCAUGUACAACAGCAACAUUGAUCCUUGGGAACCAGGCUAUGGUCCUGAAAGAAGAGGUCAUGGUUCAGACUAUGGUGACUAUCGCAAUGAGUAUGGAAGCAAUCGUUCUCCAGAAUAUGUAGAGCACCGUGAUACUGAUCAUCGUGAAAGAGAACAUCGCAGUCCAGACUACAGGAACCAUCGUGGGAGAGAAAGGGAUCGUGAAAGGGAUCGUUCCAGAGAAAGAAGAGAACGGAGUCGGGAAGACAGAGAUCGAAGUUAUAGAGACAGAGAGGAUCGUUAUGGGAGACAAAGAGAUAGAGAUUCUGUAGAAAGAGAUCGAGAACGUGAUCGUGAUCGUGAAAGAGAUAGAGAUCGAUCCCGAAGGGAUAGAGAUCGAGACAGAGAUAGAGAUAGAGACCGUAGAGGAAAAAGAGAUGAUAGAGAUCGUGAUCGAGACGAUGAUCAUAGCCGAGAAAGCAUAGAUUUUGAGCACGACCAUGGUCGCAAUUAUGGUUCGUCCAUGGAAGGAGUCCACUACAAGUCUCAGUCUCCGAACAACACCAUAAUGAUUCGUGGGCUCGCCCAGCAUAUCACUGAAAACGACGUGCGGCAAGACAUCCUCAACUGUGGUCUCAUGCCAAAGGACAUCAGGCUGAUUCGAAAGAAAGACACAGGUGCUUCGCGAGGUUUUGCAUUCGUCGAGUUUAACGCGACUCAGGAGGCCGCACGGUGGAUGGAGAUGAAACAGGGCGUACUGAUGCUACAGGACCAAUAUCGUGCCCUCAUGCAGUACAGUAUACCAAAGGAUUGUCACGUGGAUAAGCCACCGGCAAAAAACACACAAGACUGGCACUGUGUCAAGUGCGGAGCUCAUAAUUUCAAACGACGAGAAACCUGCUUCAAGUGUUCAGCAUCGCGAGCUGAAAGUGAAGAAGGUGGUGAGGGAAGUGACGAGAUCAGCCCUCAUCCAACAAAUACAGUCCUCCUAAGAGGGCUUGAUGUUUUAACAACAGAAGACUCUGUCCUUCAGGCGAUGAAGAACCUGUCGUCAAUGCCAAUACGCAGUAUCCGCAUAGGAAGAGACACCCUGACCAACACAUCACGUGGAGUUUGCUACUUGGAGAUGGGUAAUGUAGUGGACGCGAUGUACUUGCAUACCGCUCUGACCAAGCAGGGCUUAGUCGUCGAUGGCCGAAAGGUCGAGAUAACCUAUUGUAAGCUUCACCAAGUUAACAACACUGGCACGUGGAAGUCAAACGAGAAUCAAGCUCAGCGGUAUACGCUGGACGACGUGGCGCAAUUGGCUGAAUAUAGCGCAAAUAUGUACGCGAAAACGCCUGCGCAAAAGGCUCACUAUCUUCAGUAUUACACGCAAUACUACCAGAAUCAAAUAAUGCAGGGCUCUGCUAUCACCCUGCCGUCCUUAAAUCAAACCGAUAGAGUGAAUGCAGCUGCAGCUGUAGCGCAGUCUGCUAUACAGCAACUGCAAGCAUCGAGAAAGCUUGGCGAUGCUGAGGAAAUGAAAGGUAGGCCAACCCCUACGGCACCAACCAGCACCACUUUGGCCAGUGGAAGAGUCCCGGCACAUGCCAAUGAUGGCAAAGUUUAUUCUGUGCCUGAUGUCAGCACCUAUAACUACGACGAGUCGUCGGGUUACUACUAUGACCCUAGUACUGGAUUAUAUUAUGAUCCGAACUCACAAUAUUAUUACAACAGUCAUACACAGCAGUUCCUGUACUGGGACUCAGAAUCUUUAUCCUAUCAACCAGCCAAGACUAGUCCCAAUGCAACGCAACCUUCGGGGAUUGCUGGUAAUUCCACUACAGUUACUGCCACUGCGAGUAUCGACAGUGGCCAACAAUCUGCUAGUCGUCAAAAUCCAUCUUCCUCCUCGUUGAGUAACGUUGCUCAAGAUCCGUUGAAAGAAGACGAGAGCAAGAAGAAAGAUAGCAAGCAGGAUAAGGUAAAGGUAGCUAAGAAAAUAGCCAAGGACAUGGAACGAUGGGCUAAGACAUUGAAUCAGAAGAAAGAGAAUGCAAAAAGCAACUGGAACUCUGAGUUUGCGGGUGUCGACGGUCAUCAAGGAAGCGGAAGUGGCGCUGCUGACGCAGGAUACGCCAUAUUGGAAAAGAAAAAUCUAGCCAACGUGUAUCUCGAGGAUGAGGACCCAAGCGGUAGUAAUGGUUUGGUAGCAGCAUACGGUGGUGGUAGCGACACCGACGAGGAAAUCGAGGAUGUCCAGCAAGAAGACAGACAACAUACAGACUGGAGUAAACUAGCAUGCUUACUAUGUAAACGACAGUUUCCCAGCAAGGAAGCACUGCUACGGCACCAGCAGCUUUCGGAUCUACACAAGCAGAACUUGGAGAAUUGGUACCAAGUGCGAGGAUUGGAUCCUAACGAUCCUCAGCAGAGGAACAACAAGUACAGAGACCGUGCGAAGGAACGUCGUGCCAAGUAUGGUGAGCCUGAACCACCCCAGCCUAACAAAUUAAAAGAAAAAUAUUUAAAAACAAGGGUCGAGGAUAUAUCCGUCUCAUACGAGGAACCAACCAGGGCCGGCAUCGGUUCUGACAACGUUGGCAACAAACUCCUGCAAAAAAUGGGCUGGAGCGAAGGAAUGGGCUUAGGAAAAUCGAACCAAGGUAGGACGAGUAUCAUUGAGGCGGAAAGGCGGGUUCCUACAGCUGGACUCGGUGCGAAAUCUGCGUCUUACAGCGCACUACCCGGAGACACGUAUAAAGACUGUGUCAAGAAGAUGAUGUAUGCGCGCUACCAGGAACUGAAUGACACGUAAAAUAUGCUAAGUAUGAAUAUGACAAAUUUUAUAUGUAAACAUGUAAUUUGUAAUCAAAGGUCGCAUAGGUAUAUAUAUAUAUAUACAUAUAUAUGUAUGACCAGGUCUGUAGGUAUAUAAACCUCCCGAGUAGCCACGAUUUGUUGGUACGAAGAAAGUCGUAGCCAAUCAAAUUUAGAAUACCUACGUACAAUUCCAUGCAGAUACAGUUUUAUUGCUUUAACGAGAAUACAGAUUUUUUUAAUUCUCUUUAUGCACUUUAAGUCAGGCAGUCUGCGAGGAAUGACGUCAAUGCUCCCCAUUAUUUUAUAUCUUACGCCAGACAUCGAACCGAUGUCAAUAAUACGCACGGUACUGUCAACCGUACCAAAACUUAUCCUCGCAAUGUUUAAAACUCUUUUCGCUUCAUAAUACAGUCCUUUGAGAUACAUUUUUAAUUUUUACUGCGAAUCAAGUUUCACCCAUUUAACCCUUUGAGUGCGGAGCUCUUCAAAUUUUAACGCUUGUCGAACAUACAUGCGUUCGUAGUACUCAAAGGGUAAACGAAUUCCUUACGCAACGGCCCGUAGCGCCUACUGAUCUUGUUCCUGGGCAAGAAUUUAAAUACUCGAAGAAGAAAGAGAAGGAUAUUUGAUGAUUUGACUAUUUUCUACUGGAUUUACAGUGCGCUAAGAUAGCAAAGUUCAGACAAGACAUAAUUUCAAUCAUGAUGAUAAAAUCGGUUCUUAUCAAUGUUGUACGACAUAUGGCGGAACGCAAUGAUCAUGUCGUUAAUUAACAUUAUAAAGUGUAAAAAUAUUUUCUUAUAGCAUCAUCGUCGUCGAGGUGAUGAAAAAUUAAUUUUUGAAAAGGAAUGCAGCAUAUUAAAUCGACAGUGUACAUAGCGUUUCACGCAUUUGUCGAAAUUCUAGAUCACUCGUCAACGCUCGAACCUAAUUUUCAAUCACAGUCAUUACAGUUUCUAUCGAAGAUAGCAGAAUCGCGUUAUAAGGAGCCUCUGCAUAUGAAUUUAUCCUUUAAUGACUUGUAUUUAUUGUGUACGAAAAAUGACAUUGAAUUAUCUGAUGAAUUUCUGAAUUUCUUUAUGAUGUAAUUAUAUCUGAUGCUACACAGUUGUAUUCCUUUUUUUUUUCAUUGAUAUUUUUUUGCGGUAUUUUGAGGUACAUUUAAUAAUAUCGGCUAUACAUACAUGCAUCUCCACAACCAUUCUUACAAUUUAAUAUUAUUUUUUUAAUUCAUCUUGUGAGAUUCAUGUACUCUAACAGUAUAUAUAAUAAAUAUACACGUGGCACAUUGCUUGUAAAA